AUGUCGUCCAGCGGGUCUUCCUCCAAGGCCCUGGCUAUCAGAGCAGACCACAUCCUUGUCAAGAAGGCCGGCGAAGCCAUCGUCGUCAUGUACAACAAGAAGCGGCCCCGGAAAAGGGACGAACUUGAGAGGUUCAAGAAAGGCGGCACCUUCCUCGGCGCUGCAGUGUCCGGCGCCCACGAGGACAUACGCAACUUCUGUCGCUGGGUGGAGGAGGAUUUUAGCCAACUGCUGUCCAUCCCCGUCAUCCUGAACGUUAACUACUCUUUCGCAGUUCUCACUAUGUUGCUUGAGCAGGUUGAGAAGCACGCCCAGGAAGUCAAGACCAAAGUUGUCGCAUUGCCUGAAGCCCAUCUGCACCAGGAAACACCAGAAGGUGCCAUUCAAAGGCUCAGCAUCGCAAUCGGCUGCAUGGUUGACCAGUAG